GCAGAAACAAAACGCCUUUAUAGUCAGUUUUGUACUAUUUAAUGAAGUUAACAUCAAUUUUGUUGUGUAUUUUCAUUUAAAAUGAAGAUUUUACGUUUUAAAGAUCAAUUUGUUAUGAAAGCGAUUUAAGGAAGUACAAUUGUAAAAAAUAUUGAGAUUUAAAAAGUUACUUUUAUGACCCACACAGUUUGUUGUUGAUGAAUGAAGAAUGGCGGACGUUGUGUUAUUAGGAUGUUUGUUCACAUUUUUGCUUAUAAAUACUGGAUAUGCGGGGCUCCCCGGGCUGCUGGAUGGAGACUCCACCUCACAGAAUGCAGCUGACAACCAGCUGCUGAAUGAGCCCGCCUCUGUCAACAAGCUCAUGGUGCAGCAACCUCGGAGGAAGAAAUUUCAUAAAAGAUACAAAUGCCACCAAUGCGAGCCCCCGGACUGUGCGCCAGACCGCGGCGGCGCGCACUGCGGCUCCGCGCUGUACUGCUACAAGUCAGCCGUGCGCGGGGCUGAUGGAGAGCUGCAGCUGUCUCGCGGGUGUUCGAGACAUUAUGAGCACUAUCAGUUGACAUGCUGGACCGGGAGGCAGGGGUCUAUGCUGCGCAAGCGGCACGUGGGGCAGGUGAACAUCUCGUGCUGCCAGGGCGACAUGUGCAACCACGGCGCGUUCCCGGAGCUGCCGCCGCUCGAUACAGCGAUCGAGCCGAUCCCCUCAAGCGGGUGGAAGCUGUGGGCGGCGGUGUCGGCGGCGGCGCUGGCGGUGGGCGCGCUCGCCGCCGCCGCCGUGCGAGCCCUGCGCCGCGACCACAAACUCCGUGUGUCGCGCGCGGCGCUGCACAAGCUCGGCGAGUCCAGCUACUUCCAGCCCAACAUGUACAGCCAGCACGUCACCAGCGCGUAUUACGAAGGCGUAGACGGCUCGUCAGCCGCGGGCACCAACUCGGGCGGCCUACGCGCGCGCUGCGCCGGCGACUCCACGCUGCGGGAGUAUCUGGAGCAGUCGGCCACGUCGGGCUCCGGGGCGGGCCUGCCGCUCAUGGUGCAGAGGACCUUGGCCAAGCAGGUGGCCCUGCAUGCCAGGGUUGGGAAGGGUCGUUUCGGCGAGGUGUGGCGCGGGCUCUGGUACGCGGACGACGUGGCCGUCAAGAUCUUCUUCUCUCGAGACGAGGCGUCGUGGCGGAGAGAAACGGAGAUCUAUUCGACUGUGUUGCUGAGACAUGACAAUAUAUUGGCGUAUAUUGGGAGUGAUAUGACCUCGCAGAAUAGUUGUACACAGCUGUGGCUAAUUACCCACUACCACCCGCUCGGCUCCCUCUACGAGCAUCUAGCACGAGCGCCGCUGACGCGUCAGCAGAUGAUGCUCGUGUGUGUCAGCGUGGUCAGCGGCUUACUGCACCUGCACACGGAGAUACACGGCACGCAGGGCAAACCCGCCAUAGCGCACCGCGACAUAAAGUCCAAAAACAUCCUAAUGAAGAGCGACGGCUCGUGCUGUAUAGCGGACUUCGGGCUGGCGGUGACGGCGGCGCACGUGGCGGCCGCCGCGCCCGCCCGCCAGGGCACCGUGCGCUACAUGAGCCCCGAGCUGCUGGACAACAGCAUGAACGCAGCCUGCUUCGAGUCGUACCGCAAGUGUGACAUCUACGCACUAGCACUAGUGCUGUGGGAGGUGACGGCCCGCGCCGGCCCGCGCCCGCGCCCCGCCGUCCCCCCGUACCACCCGCUUGUGGGACAAGACCCGGGACAGGACGAGAUGCGCAAGAUCGUGUGCACGGACGCGGCGCGGCCCGAGCUGCCCGACACCGCGCAACCCACGAUGGCGGGCCUCAACCAGCUGAUCCGCGAGUGCUGGCACGCCAACCCGUCGGUCCGCCUGCCCGCGCUGCGCAUCAAGAAGACGCUGCUCAAGCUGGCGCUGCAGGACAAUAGCAUACAUCUGGACCAGGACAGCGACGUGCACGUGUGAUUGUGACGAGCACGAGCUGU